CGAGGCUUUUUCUCUCUCUAUCACUUGAAAUAUCUUCUCCCUAUAAAAGAAAAGAGAAAGUCCUAGAAAGAAAGAAUAUAACAAAGUCACACACUUUGGUUUUGCUUCAAUUCUAGGGUUUUAUACUAUCUCUCUCUCUCUCUCAUCUCCUCUUCCUUAACAAACAUGAGUCGUCAUCCUGAGGUGAAGUGGGCCCAGAGGGCAGACAAGGUUUUUAUUACAGUGCAAUUGCCAGAUGCCAAAAAUGCUAAGGUUAAUCUAGAGCCAGAAGGUGUUUUUACCUUCUCUGCCAGUGCGGGAGCGGAAGACCACCUUUAUGAGCUGAAGUUGGAUCUUUUUGAUAAGGUUAAUGUAGAGGAAAGCAAAAUAAACAUAGGAGUAAGGACCAUAUUCUGCAUCUUGGAGAAGGCAGAGAAUGGAUGGUGGAAAAAACUAUUGCGUGGAGAUGGCAAGGCCCCACAUAAUAUCAAAGUAGAUUGGGACAAAUGGGUGGAUGAAGAUGAAGAGACCGGUCCUGGUGCUGACUUGGAUUUGGGAGGAAUGGACUUCUCGAAAUUUGGUGACAUGGGAGGCAUGGGUGGCAUGGGAGGCAUGGGAGGCAUGGGUGGCAUGGGAGGCAUGGACAUGGGAGGUAUGGGCAUGGGAGGCAUGGGCAUGGGUGAUGAUGCUAUGGGUGAUGACUUUGCUGACAGUGAUGAUGAAGACCAAGAAGUUUCCAAGCCAGACUUUGACAAAUUAGAAGAAGGGGCAAAAGCAGGACAUGAUGCUGCUAAGAGCGAGGGUGAUGCUCCAGAAGAGAAAAAAGAAGCUGCUCCAAGCACAUAGUCUUAUGAUGGUUUAAAAAUUCUUAACUAUGGCUUUGAUUUAAAUUCGUGGGGUGAAAUUUUCGGUCUUUAUGACUGUAUCAAUGCGUGUCAUUUAUUCUAACAGAGUUGAUGGUGGUGAUGUUCGAAUUUGAUUUCUAUCUUAUAGACGGGCAAAAUACUAUAUUUUUACGUGAA